ACACCAAACUUUGGAUGAGAUGAAGAUAUAGUACAAAAUACUUCUAUGUGGUGCUUAUUAAAUCACAUUUUCAAUUUAUACCAUAUACAUAUUCCACCAAACUUGAUCUCUCACUCUCAUCUAAAAACAAAGUUACUCAAAUAAUAUGGAUGCUUGUUUUCUCUCCCACAGUUCUUUCACCAAGAUCAGAGGUGGAUCUCUACCUUACUCCAAAAGAUUUUCUCAUCAACAAUUCAAUUCAAGAAAAGUUGGAAUUCCAUUUCAUGUAUCAUGUUGCAACAUGUCAUCAUCAUCACCAUCGGAUGAUGAAAAACCAACCCUUAACACCGAUUGGAGAUCUUUCCGUGCAAAACUGGUGGCCGGAGAGCAAUUACUAAAACCUGAAUUCCUUUCUUCAGCGACUAAUCCAGACACUGUUGUGGAUCAUCCACCACUAAUCACCAUCGGUGACAAAUGGGCUCACGUAAUCCAUGAGCCCGAAAGAGGUUGUUUAUUAAUAGCAACAGAAAAGCUUGAUGGGGUCCACAUUUUUGAACGAACAGUAAUCCUUCUUUUAUCAAACGGCCCAAUAGGCCCAUCAGGGAUUAUACUCAAUAGACCAUCUUUGAUGUCUAUUAAAGAAACAAGAUCAACCGCAUUUGAUGUAAUGGGUACUUUUUCUAACAGUCCUUUGUAUUUUGGGGGACCUUUAGAAGAAGGGUUGUUUUUGGUGAGUCCGAAAGAUGAUGUGGUGGGAAAAAGUGGUGUUUUUGAUGAAGUGAUGAAGGGUUUGUACUAUGGUACUAAAGAAAGUGUGGGUCUUGCUGCUGAAAUGGUGAAGAGGAAUGUGGUUGAGGUUGGUGAUUUUAGAUUCUUUGAUGGGUAUUGUGGGUGGGAGAAAGAACAAUUGAGAGAUGAAAUUAGGGAUGGUUAUUGGACUGUUGCUGCUUGUAGUCCAAGCGUUGUUGAUUUGGGGAAUGUUGGAAUUGUUGGGCUCUGGGACGAAGUUCUUGGGCUUAUGGGCAAAAGGAAGGUCAAGUGAGGCGCAAUAUUUUAGGGCCCGAUUUUACCCACCCUCACGUUUCCUCGGAAAAUCACACAUGAUUUCGGAAGUAUACACAUUGAGAGUAGAGUGCUUGUGGGGAUGGGAAAAGUUGAGCUCUAAUUUAAAGAGUACUGGUAUCGACACUCAUGUUCUCGUGACUACAUCUAGACUUUUCGGCUAUGUUUGAAUUGGCAUAUGGUGAAAUGUAGUGAAAUAGAAUAAUCUUGUUAGAUUUUAAAAAUGGACAUAUCCUAUUUCAUUUCAUUUUAUACCAUCAAUACGAACAUACCAUUUGGAAGUUUAUUUUUUAAUAUAUGCUUUUAGAAGAUCUAGGUGUAGUAGCAAGACCCUAAGUGUUAAUACUAGUGCCCUAAUUUGAGUAGUAACUUGAAAACAACUUGUUUGGAAGCUUCUCAAUUGGCAAGCAGGAGAAACAAAAUUGUCUGAUUUAGAUAGAUUCUGACAAGUUGUUAAAACAUUGUAAAUUAUAAAUGUUAUGUUCCUAAUUGUUGUGUUUAAUGGUUUGAUGAUGUUAACUACGAGAGUUUUGGUUUUUCCAA